CCUUCAGAUGUGGAUCAGUACACAAGCACCCGUUCAUCUCAGCUUGAAGCAGCAGCUGGACAUCCUUAUUGGUGCUGCACGUGGCGUUGAGUACCUCCACAGCUUUGGCCUUGUGCAUCGCGACAUCAAACCUGCCAACAUCCUCCUCGGGGCAGACAUGCAGUCCAAGAUUGCAGAUUUCGGGCUUGUGAGGGUGGAAGAGGGCUCGGUAGUGGGCACAACUCGAGUCAUGGGAACACCAGGCUACGUGGAUCCUAUUUACUCCCGGACGUCAAUGGCAACCAGGGCCACCGAUGUCUACAGCUUCGGUGUGCUCAUGCUUGUGGUCCUCACUGGACGAGAUCCGUUAACAACAGCUGAAGGAGAGCAGAAGCACAUUCUUCGAUGGGGCAUGGACUACACCAAAAUUGUAAAACGGGCGGGAUGGGGGGGGGGGGGGGGGGGGUGGGGGGGGGUGGGGGGGGGGGAACAGGUUACGAGAGAACGGGUGGGGGAGAGGAGGGCGGGGGGGGGGGGGGUGGGGGGGGGUGGGAGGGGAGGGUGAAAAUAGUAACGUUACUUCGUGUAGUGUUACAUUUCACUUGGUGUAGCCCCUUGGAGGGUUGGUUUCGAGACUCUUCAUGGUUGGGGACUCUGUGUUGGUGUACCACCAACCUAGACCUCGGCUCUUGGGGUAUGUAGAGGCUGGGAACCAUCUCCCUCUCGAACUCUUCUUGCUAAGUUUGUA